AUUUGAAUAUGUUAUGACCCGAUAGCAUUAGCUUAUUAACCUCGAAGCUCUAUUUUCUAUAAAUACUACCAUGUCGACUUUCCUGGAAAAUACGUUCUUGUAGUUUAGUACAAAUAUAGGCAUCAGAAUGACUAUCUCAAUCGAACGAUAUCUGUACUGCAAAUCGUGUAAUACCUAUGGUUAAAGAUAUAUGCAGAUAAUCUUAAUGGUUAAUGGCAAAACCCAUCUCAUUGAUAUCCAAGACUGAACCAAUAACCAAAGAUGCGACGAAGUUAUGCUAGAAGCUAGGCCCGAGAAAAGCCUGAUACGGCUGUUGGAAAUACCCACUUCCAAAGAAAAAAAUUAUCUACAUUUCCGUAGAGUAUAUAUUUUAUCGUGUGUUGUUAGUCAGUUCAGUUAAUGUUUAUCUGUUAUAUACGUACAAGGCUCCUGGGUGCCAAAAGGAUGUUCGUACUGCCCGUUAUUCUCUUGCUUCUUCAGUAUGACUGGGUAUAUGCAGAGCACCCACAGCUAACUACACCAUCUGGGAGCAUCAAAGGAUCAUUAUUGACCUCAAGGCUAGGCAAAACUAUCUACGCCUUCAGAGGCAUAAGGUACGCCGAGCCUCCGGUCGGCGAAUUAAGGUUCAAACCACCUGUUGCUGUAGAAACAUGGAAUGGUACCUACGACGCUACGAAAGAUGGUUCUAUCUGUCCACAGCCAACGGCAGGUGAUCCUGUAUCAGAGGAUUGCUUGAUGCUUAAUGUUUACUCCACAAAGCUCCCAAAAGGAAAAGAUAAUCCCAAACGUCCAGUGAUAGUUUAUAUACUUCCUGGUGCAUUUUACAGCACUACAAGUGUUAGUUAUUGGGCUGGGCCACAAUAUUUUAUGGACCAAGAUAUUGUUUUCGUAACCUUCAACUACCGACUGGGAUCACUGGGAUUCCUCGCAACAGGCGAUAAAGAAUCCCCUGGAAACUAUGGAAUGAAGGACCAAGUUGUAGUAUUGAAGUGGGUUCAGAAGAAUAUUGCUUCUUUCGGUGGAGAUCCUGAUUCGGUGACGUUGUUGGGCUAUAGUGCUGGAAGCUGGAGUAUUAUAUUUCACAUGGUAUCCCCCAUGUCUAAAGGUUUAUUCCAUAAGGGGAUUGCAAUGAGUGGUUCUCCUGUCGGAGGUUGGCCCAUCCCAACUGGGCAGCUCGAUAUAGCUAAGAAACAAGCUAGGCUUGUAGGAUGUCCAGAUGAUACCUCUAAGAACAUCGUGAACUGCUUGAAGACAAAAUCGGCAAAGGAGCUAGGAGACUCUUUUUUUGGAUUUAGGGAAUUCGGAUACGACCCUAUUUUAAUUUGGUCUCCGGUGAUAGAACCUGAAGUAGGUCAAGAAAGAUUUAUUACCGACAAUCCUAUUCGACUAAUUAUGAAUGGCCAUUUGCAGCAUAUACCUUUUAUCACAGGACAGACCAAAGAUGAGUUCUCGUAUUCCGCGUUUAAUGUUGUCAACAACGAAACCUUGACUAAGGAAAUGAACGAAGAUUGGGAUAGAAUAGCCCCGAUUAGUUUCAUAUACGAAAGGGGAACUAAGCAGUCUUUGAAAGUCAGCAGAGCUAUAAGAAAAUUUUAUUUGGAUGACAAGCCAAUUAGUAAGAGUAACAGAGAAGCUUUGGGUAAAAUUUAUUCAGAUUCAAUAGAAACAUUCCCUAUCAAUAGAGCUGUCAAGCUAAUGGCACAAUACAACAAGAAACCCGUUUAUUAUUACAGGUUCAGUUUCCAAGGUAGAUACAGCCAUUUUUAUCUUCCUGGAACCAACAACACUGUUCCUUAUGGGGUGGUACAUCAUGACGAUCUGAUAUAUCUCUUCUACAUCCAAAGAUUAUUCCCGAGGUUCAAUGCUACUUCACCAAGACCGGAAAUAGAUAUGGUGCAAACAUUGACAACGCUGCAUACAAAUUUUGCUAAAACAGGAAAUCCAACACCAACACGCAAUCCAACACUUGAUAACGUAAAAUGGGAUACAUUCAACUUAGAUACUCAAAAGUAUUUGGAUAUUGGAGAAAAAUUGGUGAUGAAAGAACGGAUGUACGAAGAUCGUGUCAAGCUGUGGGAGGAUUUAUAUCCUUUGAGCAUGUACAAUUAGUUGGUGAUAAUAGAGAAAUAUAUGCUUAUGAAUUAUA